AUGGCUCUUGUGAAAGCAGCUGAUCCACAGACCUCCUCUUCUAAUGCUUCUAGAUAUUGUCGUUAUCACGUGUUCCUGAGUUUCAGAGGCCCAGACACUCACAAGACUUUCACUGACCACCUCUACACGGCCCUUGUCAGCGCCGGAUUUCGCACUUUCAGAGACGACGAUGAAGUCGAGAGAGGAGACGGUAUCAAGCCAGAAUUGCAGAAAGCAAUCAAACACUCACGAACUUCUGUCAUUGUGUUCUCGAAAGACUACGCGUCGUCCAGAUGGUGCCUUGACGAGCUGGUGAUGAUCCUUGGACGCAAGAGAAAGACCUCAGAUGACCAUAUCGUUUUGCCUGUCUUCUACGAUGUGGAUCCAUCCCAUGUAAGGAAGCAGACAGGAAGUCUUGCAAAGGCAUUUGCUAGACACCAACAAACUCAACCACUGCAGAAGGUGAAGGCAUGGAGGGAGGCACUUGCAGAGGUUGCAGAUCUGGCAGGGAUGGUCUUGCAAAUUCAAGCUCAUGGAUAA